CUUUUCUUUUUUGGGGGGAGAGAAGACCAACCUAUAAAUCGGUUUCCGCUGUUUGUCGGGGAAGUCUGUUGAUUUCCCCAUCCUUUAGCGAGAGAGGUCAAAGUCACAUGCAGCAGGCUCUGUUUCACAGCCUGCGUCCUGUAGUUACAAGUGUAGUUUAACUAUUUGCCAGCAUGUGCACAAAUACCUUUGUGCUCUCAAGAGCACUCUUGCUUCUCUUAACAGUCCAGAAGGUACAAAUGUGCCUCAUUGCUUGUGGAAUGUUAAACACAUGCUGAAGACGAAUCAACCUUUCAGUGAUUCACCAGUAUGUGGAUUACCUGGUAAGCGAGCAGAAUGUGAAGAACAUCUUUGUGAAUGGCACCACAGGAGAAGGCCUGUCCCUUAGCAUCCAGGAGAGGAAGCAGUUGGCUGAAGAAUGGAUGUGCCAAGGGAAAGACAAGUGGGUAUUUUUUGUCAUCACUGAAACCUCCUCAAACCUUCUGAAUUUGUUGUUGUGCAGGCUGGAUCAUGUGAUAAUUCACGUGGGAGCUUUAAGUCUAUUGGAGUCCCAAGAACUGGCCAGACAUGCAGCAGCCAUAGGUGCUAGUGGCAUUGCAGUAAUAGCUCCCUCCUUCUUCAAACCCACAAACAAAGAUGAACUCCUUGGUUUCUUACAGAAAGUUGCAUCUGAAGCCCCUACAGUUCCAUUUUAUUACUACCACAUUCCAGCUAUGACGGGUGUAAAGAUUCGUGUUGAGGAGUUGCUGGAUGGAAUAAGAGAGCAGAUCCCCACCUUCCAGGGUGUGAAGUUCAGCGACACGGACCUCUUGGACCUUGCACAGUGCAUAAACAAGAAGGAGAGAGAACAGUUCGUGUUUCUCUAUGGGGUAGAUGAGCAACUGUUGAGUGCACUGGCAAUAGGGGCAAAUGGAGCAGUUGGAAGUACCUACAACUACUUAGGUAGGAAAACCAACCUGAUGUUGCAGGCUUUUGCAAAGCCAGACCUUGCAUUAGCACGGAAAUACCAGUUUCUCACGGGGGAAUUUCUCAGCUUUGUCAUCAAACUAGGUUUUGGUGUUGCACAGACAAAAGCUGUAAUGACUUCCGUUUCUGGCAUCCCCAUGGGACCUCCACGGCUUCCACUUGUUGGUGCCUCUGAGGAAUUCAUCGCCAAGGCCAAAGCCAAGCUGGAGAGCAUUGUGUGGCCUGAUGGUGACUGACUUCACUCCCACGUCAGUGUGCAGGGGCUCCUUUUCUGGGAUUCACUGUCUCUUGGCAUGCUCCUCAUGUAAUGGGCUGGUUUGGCUGUGAUCUCCUUCAGGAAAAUGAAAGUAAUCGGCGUGGAAGGGCUGGCACACGUGUAGCCAGCCACCUGUUCUUUAACUUCACUCUGCUCCUCUGGAGCUCUGCACUGCCCAGCACUGGCUGCUGUCAUUAAACAAACACACAAAGACAAAACAAAACUGGUUUGCUCCAGCAGAGGGAUCCUGACCUUCUUUUGUCUAGAAAGGAAGGUCUGCCUGCGCUGCCCCAAACUGGAGGGGAAUAAACUUUUGACAAGGGUAGACAGUGAUUGGACAAGGGGGAAUGGUUUUAAGCUCAAGGAGGGAAGGUUUAGAUUACAUGUCGGAGGAAGUUCUUCACGGAGAGAGUGAUGAGGUGCUGGAACAGCCUGCCCAGAGAGGCUGUGAAUGCUCCAUCCCUGGAGGUGGUCAGGACCAGGUUGGAUGGGCAGCAUCUGGUCUGGUACCAGAUCUGGAGGUUGGUGGACCUGCCUGUGUCAGGGGGUUGGAAUUUGGUGAUCCUUGGGGGUCCUUUCCAGCCCAAGCCAUUCUGUGAUUCUAUGUUUUGUCCUCUCCCUGAGCAUCACUAGCACUAGGGUGUCACUGCUGUAAUACAACCUGUCUGCUCA